CUUCGUUUUUUUGUCGUGUUGGUUUCGAUUUGGAAAUUGUACAUGGUCAAACAUAAAAGUCAAAGUUUUAUAAUUCGAUUUGGAAAUUGUACAUGGUCAAACAUAAAAGUCAAAGUUUUACAAAUAACCAAAAGGUGAGAUUUUGUAUAAACAAAGUACGGAGUAACAAGAAGAAAUGCAGUGAGCUGAAACAGAGACACAAAAGAAAUGAAGAAGCUCACUAGAGUUUCCCCAAUUUCUCUCUCCUCCGCCCUAAUUCGAACCCUAACUUCUUCUUCAAUUUCAACAACAAAUUUCUCAUUGAAAAAUGUAACAAAAUCCAAUUUUGAAGAAACCCUAGUCGACCUUACUACCCAUGUCAAAGCUGCUGAUUUCGUCGCCAUUGAUUUGGAGAUGACUGGAGUUACGAGUUCUCCUUGGCGCGAAUCGUUCGAGUUCGAUCGGUACGAUGUUCGGUACCUUAAAAUUAAGGAUUCUGCUGAGAAAUUUGCUGUUGUUCAGUUUGGUGUUUGCCCCUUUCGCUGGGAUUCCUUCAAAAACUCCUUCAUUGCUCAUCCGCAUAAUUUUUACAUAUUUCCACGUCAAGAGCUUCCCACUGAUGGCCCGUCAUAUGAAUUUUUGUGCCAGACGAGUUCGAUUGACUUUUUGGCACAAUAUCAGUUUGACUUCAAUACAUGUAUACAUGAAGGAGUGUCUUAUUUAUCCAGAGGACAGGAAGAUGAGGCCUUGAGUCGCUUGAAUUCAAUAUAUAACGGGAAAUGGCAAAAUGUUAAUGAAGUUAGAGAUAUACCUUUGAGCAAUGUAGCUGAUGUUCUGUUCUCAGAACGGAUGAAAAAUCGGCUCAGCGGUUGGCAUGAUAUGUUGCUACUCAACAGAAAUGCAAAUGCUGUGCUUCCAAGUGCUGUAAAAUCUAAACAACAAUUUGAAACCAUAUUUUUUAAUAUGCGUCCUGCUCUUAGAUUGAACGGGUUCACCUCUCAUCAGUUGAAGUUGAUGGAAUUGGUCAUAAGGAAGCACUUUAAGGAUCUUGUUUUAGUUCGUGCUCAUGAUGAAAGUUCCAUCUUGCAGAAGCUUGUUGUUUAUGUAGAGUCCGACGAUGACAAGAUUAAACUUAUGGAGGAGAUAAAGGAUGAGUCUCACCAGCACGCAAGGCGAAAAGUAAAAGCAGCUGCAGGAUUCCGGCAUGUCAUUGACCUCCUCUGUGCUGAAAACAAGCUAAUUGUAGGUCACAAUUGCUUUUUAGAUAUGGCUCACAUUUACCAUAAAUUCUUUGGUCCUCUUCCAUCAACCGUUGAGGAGUUUGUGUUGAACAUCCACAAUUCUUUUUCACAAAUUGUCGACACGAAAGUACUGUUGAAUGCGGACGCAAGCCUUCAAAAAUGUAUGAAUAAAGCCAGCACAUCGUUAGCCUCCUCAUUUUCUCUGAUGUGCCCUGAGAUAGCCUCCGGAAAAUCCUCUGUUUUGGGCAUACAGCCUUGUGUGAAGGUGGAGGUUCAAGUGGAUGACAUGAGGUCCUCAAAUUGGAACUCUGGGGCAAGGCAUGAAGCUGGUUAUGACGCAUUCAUGACCGGGUGUAUCUUUGCUCAAGCUUGCAGUCAUCUGGGUGUUGAUUUCUCUUCUGAGAAGGUAUUAAACAGUGAGAAUCUUCAAAAAUAUGUCAAUCAGCUUUAUCUCAGUUGGAGUUCGGGAGAUGUAAUCAAUCUAAGCACUGGUGAUGUGAAUGAAAUUCCCGUUAUCAAUUCUGUUAAAAGGAGGUUUCUCAACAUAAUGCAUCCUAGCAUCGUAUUGAUCUGGGGAUUUCGCCCAAAACUCAGGGCAAGUCAGAUAAAAAAUUGCAUCUGUAAAGUGUUUGGUAUACACUCAGUUGCUUGCAUCUAUAACUUGGAUGAAACUGCAGUGUUUGUUCAGUUUAGUACGGCAGACUUGGCUGCUAGCUUCCUCGCCUUAAAGGAAAGUUUAGAAACAAGUGAUGAUUCCAUCUCUGUCCUACAUCCUUUAUCAAAGUUGUUGGAAGGUGGAAAAACCCGCGCUGCUGGAUAUGAAGUUUACAAGGAUAUCUGCAGUUCCCCAAUUUCAAAGGUCUUGUUUGCAGAGCAAGCAGAGGCAACUGGAAUUAAUUGGAAGACCAAAUUAAUAGAUAUUGAAACAGAUUGCCAGAACCUAGAACCAGAGAAAAUUACUGAGAAAACUGAAAGGUCAAGUCUAUCACCAGAGAUUUGCAAAGCAACCAAAUCAAAGAUAGAUGUUCAUAAGUGCACAUCUGAUCAGAAUGUAUUUGACAAGAUUUUGUACUCUCCUGAUUCUGAAGCCGACAGAGAGUUGAAAGUCACAAGUUCUUGUUGUUCAUAGGCCAUUUAGUGUAAUCAUUUGAAUCUCAGCAAAUUGAUUAGAUUUCUGAAUUUCAUACUUGAUAGUAAAGAUAAACCUGUAUCAUUUCAGUGUAAGACAUCUUGGAAAUAAUAUAGGGAAAUUUUGAUGGUUCUA